CAUACAUAGCAGCAUAUGUGUAGAUUGCCUAGGGUAGCCCCUCAGAAAAAGGCGGAGCUCUCGUUAAUGUCAUUUGAAGGAGUUCAAGUUCAAGGAGCUGUGCAGAUUUUGGAGAAAAUAAAGAAUUUGUCGUUUACAAAAAUUGCUCGUGCUAUCACCACAGUUGACUGCCAGCCCACCUUUGAUGGGGGAGUCUUGGUUAACAUUUUAGGCCAGCUUAAGGUGAGUAAUUUUUUGCUUUGCUGCUUCACUGUGUAGAGGGCUGCAUUAGUC